GCAGUAGGUCCGGGAUUCAUUUACUGAAGCUAUGCCCAGAGAGAGAAGUGCACCUGCUUUAGUGAAGAAGUAGCUAGCGUUUCUCUCGUUCGUCAUUAAAACCAUCCAACGCGUGCUAUGUGAAACCAAAAAAUGGGUGAUUGGAACCUUUUGGGAAGCAUCUUGGAAGAAGUUCACAUCCAUUCCACCAUUGUUGGCAAAAUCUGGCUGACCAUCCUCUUCAUCUUUCGCAUGCUGGUCCUUGGAGUCGCCGCUGAGGAUGUCUGGGAUGAUGAGCAAAGUGAGUUUGUGUGCAACACCGAGCAGCCGGGGUGCAAGAACGUCUGCUACGACCAAGCUUUUCCCAUUUCCCUCAUCAGGUACUGGGUCCUGCAGAUCAUCUUUGUAUCUUCGCCUUCCCUGGUGUACAUGGGUCACGCGCUGUACCGGCUGCGUGCUCUGGAGAAGCAGAGGCACAAAAAGAAAGCCCAGCUCAAAGUCGAGCUGGAGGGGAUGGAGGGCAUCUUGGAUGAGCACAAAAGAAUUGAGAAGGAGCUGAGGAAACUGGAGGAACAGAAGAGGGUUAGGAAGGCUCCUCUGCGAGGUUCCCUAAUGCGUACGUAUGUGUUUCAUAUUUUAACGAGGUCAGUCAUGGAAGUGGGCUUUAUACUGGGUCAGUAUGCCCUUUACGGCAUUGGACUGGCCCCACUAUACAAGUGUGAGAGAGAUCCCUGCCCCAACGUCGUGGAUUGUUUUGUCUCCAGGCCAACAGAGAAAAAUAUUUUCAUGAUCUUCAUGCUGGGCAUCGCUGGGGUUUCACUCUCCCUGAACAUCUUGGAGAUCUUUCACCUGGGAUUGAAAAAGAUCAAGCAGAGCAUAUAUGGCAAUAUACACAGUGGAGAUGAAGAAAGUCUUUGCAGGUCAAAGAAAAGCUCCAUGGUGCAGCAAGCAUGUGUCCUUACAGACUGCCUGCCACAGAAAUUCGCACACAUGACCCAAACAUCCUAUGCAAUAGUGAACGAUGGGCAGGUGGAAACUUUGCCCCACAUGCCCACCACUGAGGCACCAACCAGUGAUGGUACCGGAACAGAGCAGCCCAAGCCGCCACGUAUCCUGAGCCAGCCCGAGAUUCAAGCCAUUCGUCAAUUAGGGGCAGCCCUGGACACCCGGGUCCACUCUUCGAGCAGUGACGAUUGUGGACCCAAAUCGUCCGGCCCUCUGAAGGGUGUUGGUCAGCUCCCUCGAGCAUCUCUCCGCGCCAGCAACAUCGAGAUCCCAGCUUCCCUUCAGAACUCUGCACGCAAGCAAAGUCGGGUGAGUGCAUGCAAGGACGUGAGCGAAGAGAGCGAUUCGCCCGAACACUACCCCACAGGUAGGAAAUCUAGCUUCAUGUCCCGGGGGCUUUCUGAAAGCAGACUGGCCAUUCCGCUAGACAGCCCAAUGUCCAAAAGCGAUUCAGAGUCAGAUUCCAAGCGGCGGGCUCAAAGCGAAAGUCCUGCCGUGACCCCUCCGCCUGCCAGUGGGCGCCGCAUGUCCAUGAGCAUGAUCCUGGAACUGUCUUCAAUCAUGAAAAAAUGAACUCAAACAAAACCACGGACAUCACUUUUUUUUUUGCUUUGGUGACCACAUACCACACAAUUACUGGAAUAUUUAUUUGGAUUUUGUUCUACGUAAACAGUUUAUCCUUUUGUAUAUAUCUCUGCUUAUAUAACUAUACCUCAAUCCUUAUACACACAUUUUUUUUUUCACAAAAUAGUUCGAGCCAUGGCGCAUGAAGCUUUGAGGUUAAGUUGAAUAAAAAGGGUUUUUUCUUUUCUUUCUUUUUUUUUUAACAAUAAAAUCUGGUCUUUGUUCACUGGGGUUGUAUUUGUGCUCUAAACUGGAUGUUUGGUCAAAAGUCUUUUUUGAGACACAGCAUGUCUUUUUGGUUUUCCAUGCAACAGACUAGGCGAGUGAAAAAUGUACUGUGGAGUCCAAAUGGGACAUUUUUGUCUCUACUAGAAGAACUUGUGUAAGACGUAGAACAGAAGAGAAGAUGUGAUCAGACUUCCUCACCCCCACAGUCAAACAUGGAGGUGAAAGAUGGAUGGUUUGGGGUUGUUUUGGAGCAGGGAAAAAUGGCUACCAUUCCAAACCUCCAACACCAUGCAAUUACUUCUGGACUGAUUAGAUCCGACUUCAUCGUACAAGACGGUAAGCCGAAGCGACGAAUACGUUCAAACAGUCGAUUUGAGUGAAAUCUCUCAUGGAAAUCUCAUCUAAAUCCUAUUUAGCUGCUCUGGGAUGAACUGGAUCAGGAAGAAAUCUCCAACAAUGAAGAGCAGCUUCGACGAGUUUUCCAGGAGGCACGGAAAAGUAUUUUAGCUGAAUAUUUGAAGAAAUUUACUGUUCGAGAAAUUACGUUGGAAUACACAGAUAUUACUGGGGUGAGGACUCUAGGAAUUUGAUUCAAGACUUUUUUCUGGCAAUUCAGUUUAGUAGCACCAGUAACGUCCCUAUAACUCGUACAGGUGUAACUGUAGACACGGAGGUCACGUCUGUGCAGGUUUUAUUCCUCUUAUACCACAGCGAUGUUUUUCAACCUGUACAGUACCAGUAAUGUAUGAAAUGACUAAUAAUUAUUUCAAAAAGAAUUAUACUUACAUACACUAUAUAGCAAAAGUAUUGGGACACCCAACUGUUGCUGGUGUAUGUGCUUCUCCAAACUGUUGGCAAAAACCUCUCGAAAACUUCUCAACACACAACUGUAUCAGGUUUGCGACUUUCUUAAUAGGCUCCAUAUAUAAAUUAAAUAUAUAAAGAGAGAGAGAGAGAGAGAGAGAGAGAGAGUGCAACAAUUAUUAAAAAUAAAUGAAUAAAUACAAAUUUUGCUUGUAUUUCCUUAAUAGGCGUUAUAUGGAGCAACAAAUAAAAAAAAAUUAGCUUGUUUUUGGAAAAAUAUGGAGCAACAAUUAUUUUUAUAAAAAUUAUUCGAUUGUUAUUCCUUAAUAGGUUAAAUUUUAUAGAAAAAAUAUAAUUUUUGCUUGUAUUUCCCUAAUAGGCUUUAUAUAGAGCAACAAUUAUUAUUAAUAAUAAUAAUAAUAAUAAUAAUAAUAAUGAGAGCAUGGAAUUUCCUCUUUAUAGAAGAAAGAGAACGCAUUCUAUGAGAUAACUGAAAGGGUGCCAUUAAUUGUGGCACACAUAAUAAGUCCAUUGUAUAGUUUGAUAGCCAUAAAGGAAGAAUAUUUCUGUCUAUCUUUUAAAAAAGAUGAUAAAUAAGGUUAAAGUAAAAUCUCCACAGCCUUCUUUGCUCCUACAGUAUAUGGCCAUAAGUUUGUGGACACCUGAUUGUCGGAUCGUGCUUCUUUUUGAACAUCGCAUUCCACGUUAAGUCCCUGUUCUGAGCUGAAAAAGUGUGUCCCAAUACUUUUGUCCAUAUACUGUAGCGGUGCAGGAAAAACCCCAGAAAAAAAAAGGUACUACAUGAUAAGUUUCUUUAUUUCAUAAACAGAAAUGGUGUCCUGACAAAAAAAUCUGUCAUUUUUUUAUUUAUGUUUUUAAUAUAUAUAUAUAUAACACUAGCAAUUGAAAUGCAUGAAAAUGGAGUUCUGCACAAUACCUUUAUUUACAACGAUUAAGUCAUUAAAAUUCAUUAGGUUCAUGGAGCAUUUAGAAAUGGAACAAAAACAAAACAAAAAAAAAAGGUAAAAAUUCUAGUACAGAUAUCCCAAAAAAUUUGACAAAUAUUAACACAAAAAAUAGAAAAAUAACAAAACAAAACAGGAGAGUGGGGAGAGAGCAAGCAAGGGGGAUAUAGGAAGGGUUUGAAAAAAACAAAACAAAACAAAAAAACAAGAACAGAUAUUACAUGAAAAACAAAAAAACGAAUGCACCGUAAUAUCGACAAUAAUCUGUGUAAAAAGCAUGUAGAAAAACACCUGAUGUGGUUUGCUGAUACAGUCGUCGACCAGUUAUGAGAGGUAUGAAGGAUUUCACAGGUAGAUAAGAGAGAGAAAAAGAGAGAGAGAGAGAGAGACAGAUAAAGAGAGUGUGACAGAGAGAGAGAGAGAGAGAGAGAGAGAAUCCGCUCUGCUAGUCGAGAGAUGGAGGGAGGAGGAAGGAGAGGGGGGUCCGGAGACCCCUGCAUACACACGUUUUCACGUCAAGGUGAACUAUGGCCUCUGCAAGUUCUAAGGCAAAAAAGUCGGAGGUGCACUUCUAUUCUUCUUACUCUGAAACGUCCCCUUUGGGUGAAGAAUUAUUUUUUUUUUUUGACAAACCGGAAGAAAGACGCAUAGUUAUCAAAGGACAUUCUUUUUUUUUUUUUUUUUUUUU